AUGUCAGUUACUCUUUCAACAACCUCAAAAAACGCUUCGUUACUUAUUCACGACGGAUAUUCUUACAUUAUUGAUAAACGAAACGACAAGAAAAUAUUAUGGAAAUGCGAACAUGCCAAGAAAUUUAAAUGUCGUGGACGAUUACAGACGGAUUUAAACAAUGUAUUUAUUCGAACCACUGGUGAUCAUGAAAAUCAUACUGCAGAUCCACGUUCUGGACCAAUUCGGCAAUAUUAUGAUCGAUUACGAAAAGAAUCUGAACAAAAUCAAACCAAUCCGCACAAUAUUUUAACACAAGUCAAUAUCGGUGUUCAAGAUGAAGUACGUGUUCAAUUGACAAGCAACGACCAUUUGAAACGAAAUAUUCGUCGUUGGCGACAAGAGAUCAAUGUUGCACCAACACCUUCAACCAUCGAUUUUCCAGUUGUUCCAGAUAAAUACCAUCAAACAACACGUGACACAAUAUUUUUGCGUAAAGAUACUGGCCCAACAUCAGAUCGAUUAUUAAUUUUUUUUACUGAUGAACAACGAAAUAUUAUGGAAAAUGCCACAGAAUUCUUCAUCGAUGGAACAUUCAAAGUUGUACCGGAAAUUUUCUACCAACUUUUUGUUAUCCAUGCUAAUUAUCGUGAACAUGUGUUACCAGUAUCAUUUAUUCUAUUACCUGGCAAAAGUAAUCAAAUCUACCAAAAAAUGAUCAAUGACAUAAUUGCCUUAGUUCCAGGAUGGUCUCCGCGACGAAUCAUGAUGGAUUUUGAAAAAGCAUUAAUCAAUGUCUUUAGUGGUGCUUUUCCAACAGCCGAACUUAGUGGUUGUUUCUUUCAUCUCAGUCAAAGUGUUCAACGAUAUUUACAAGAUAAUGGUUUCAAGAAAAAUUAUGAAACUGAUAUUAUAUUUGCUGAUAAUAUACAUAAGAUAUUGGCAUUAGCGUUUCUUGAACCAAAUCAAGUUGUUAAUGGUUUUGAAUUUUUAUGUUCAGAUCUUGGCGAUGAAUACCAACAAAUUCUCGACUACUUUGAAGAUACUUAUAUCGGCCGUCCUGUUAGACGCUCAAGACGAACACCAAUGUUUCCUAUUGACUUGUGGAAUAUGGCAGUGCGUGUAAAGAACAAUAUGCAUCGAACAAACAAUCACGUUGAAGCAUGGCAUCGAAAAUUGAACUGUGCAUUUCAAUGUAAACAUCCAACAUUAUGGACAUUUCUCGAUAAAUUAAUCAAAGAAGAAAAUAAUAUCCAUUCAGAUAUCAUUAAUGCAAUGUCUGGUAGUCAACCAUCCAAGCGAAAAAACGAAUCAUUAAAUACACGGCUAUACAAUUUGGUUCAAAAUCCACAUACAGAUAUCAAAGAUCAAUUAAAAUAUAUCGGACGUUUAUUAUCGUUGUAG